AUGUCCGUCAUUCUGAACACUGUGGUAGGCUACACGGAUGAAGAUGAUGAAUAUCACGCUAGUGUACCUUUGUCAAACAACUUGUAUCUAUCCGAAUGGGACUGUUUUGCUACUGCGACCUUUAAAGAUGCUCCUUCUGUGUGUCAUUGGUGCCAUGUUGCUAGUCAUAUUCGUUCCAAAUGCCCGGAAUUAGCGAAGACCAAAUGUUUUGUAUGUCAUAGUCAUGGUCACACAGCCAAGUUUUGUAAGAGGGGAAAACGAUCCGUUGUUAGGCAGCCUGUUUUCGCUGAAGUAUCCCAGGAUAUUGACUUGGAUUCAACUGAUGGUCUUGAUGCCAAUAUUUUGUCCGAGUCAGACAAUGAUAUUUCUGAUGUAUCUACAUCGCCCAAGAUUGCCUCCCGUGAUUCCGAGGCUUCCAAGUUUGGAACUAUUGUUGCUAGUGUGUCUGGAGAGGUGGACCAUGUAAUGGAUACUACUACUCUUCCUUCUUCGAACGCAGAACUGGUUGGUAGAACUGGUGGGACCGAUAAAGGUCUUAAUCCCCAACGAUCUGCUUUAGGUCAACAUCCUGUCUCUAAACAGAGCGUGAAAGGGACGUUUCCCAAAUUGGAGGCUCGAACACCCCCUACUCUAAAAGGUCAUAAUUUGUUUACGAAGACUAAGGUUGUUAAAAAAUAA